AACAUUUACGGAUUUAUCACCAUAUUAUUGUGAUACUCUACGGUGCCGUCGCCGGCGCUGAUGCACGAGGGACAUCGAUGCGUUCGGUUUUUGCCGCGUUUAGUUGAAUUUCCUCGUUCGUCUCGAGUGCACCGCGGUCGCGUCACCUCCCGUGUGUUUUCUUUCGUUCGCGUGAUUUGUGCGUGCUCCGCCGAAUUUCGUUCGAAUAACCCGUUCAAAACCGUUGACACUUCAACAAAAACUGUGUUAUCCGUUUGAGAUCCCGUCGAAUUAAAUUGCUGUGCGUCCGGCGACGAACUAUACUCAGAAGUACACAUUGGAUUCAUCCAUAGCCUAGGUAUAUACCCAAUAGAUCAUGGACCAUAGGUAAAAACCGACUGCAAGACGCGUAUGCUAUGGAAUAUAUAAAUUGAUUUGAAGAUCCAAUGUUGGAUGUCUUUAUCAUGUACUCGGUCCAAUAAGCAAAAAUAAUAUGACUGACUUCCAGCGGACUCGUAGCAAGGUGUGGUUCCCCAAUUUGGACGAUGACGAUGAAGAUAUUCAUCACUCGUGGCGCCGACAACCAUCCUCGUCACCAGAUAGCAGACGUGUGUCGUCUGGCAGCCCGAGCAACGGUAGUCACAAGUCACAGGACUCCGGUUUUUCAGAUUCCGAGAGUAGUCCCUUAGGAUUGUCAAAAGCUUUGCCGAAAGAAGACAAGCAACAUGACAAUACGAAUGCGUUUACCGACAAAUUGCCAGACGGAGUGUUACCCGAAGCCCCAGUUCCUAGAGUGCCAUCGCCUUGCGAACCCCAUCCACAAUCGCCCAAUCAUUGCAAUUGUCUUCUACCAGCUUGCGAAUUGUCCAGAAAGUUCCGUUCGUUCGAGUUUUCCACCGCCGAGGAAACGUCACCAUUCAGACCGACGACAAAAAGGUACGAGGAAGAACCGGCACGCACACCCAACCGGACGUGUUUUAUCGUUGACGAAUUGCCAAAAACCACCGUAGUAUUAUCGACUCCGAGCUCAGUGAAAAGUUUUGACGGCCAUUUCGAUCAGUCUGAAAACGUUACUGUUGUAGAAAACAUCAAACAGGACUGCAUCAAAAAUAACGAAUUGAUUAUCGAUCCACCAACACCGUUUGUCGACCGUUUUAACGAUGUGGACACAGUGAGUCUAUGUGAAUCCGACAGACCGGGCUCACCUGAGCAUACGUCUACACCAAAAUCGACCAAAAACAGAUGUUGUACGCCCAGGUUACAUUAUAGAAAAGAUCUACAAUUAAGAAAACCAAAACAUCUAAAAAAUAGCUUUUCCAGAAUUGAACGUGAAAACGAAGUGCCCGUUGGCCAGUGGCUAAACGAACUGAGGUUUAGAUGCGAACCUGAAUGUAUGACCACUUUACAAUCGAAAUCAAUAGCAACUUCAGAAGAUGCGUGUCGUUUUUCUACAGUUGUCUGCACCGAUUCUGAAGUUGUGCGGGACCUUUAUCAACGUACAAAAUCCAUAUCUGAUGAAUUUAUAAAAGUUUACAGUGAUUUGAACAAAUGUCCAGUUGAUAAUUUUGGACCAUCUGUCCAUACAUUAACUGGUCUGUUAUUGGACUUUGUUUGUGAUCACGAGAGUGAACUACCUGAACACGGCCAAGAGUUAUGCAUGGACUUGGUAGAUGUUUCCGAGAAACUAAGAAUUCAUGCUAACCGACGUCUAGGCAACAGAAAGAUUAUUCUAAACGACGUGUCCGCACUAGGACAAAUAUUUAGUGAAUUAAUCGACGCUUUGUUAAUGAAGAAAAUACAGUCUUUGGUGGACAUAUUGGAAGAACCAAGCACUGAUAUUGAGCUCGUUAAGACCAUGUCCAGUAUCAACAGCCUGGGAUUGGAAAGUGUUCAUCUUGGUAGCUUGGUUACGAAGUGCAAUGGUGUCCGAUCGUUGUUGACUGUUUGCAUAGAAGCCGCGUCCAGUACAGUCAGAUCGGCUGCCCUGCGCACACUGGCCAUGGUGUGUUGUUCGUCGGACAGCAUCCGACAAUUCGAAAAGGCUGGAGGCGUGGAGAUAUUAUCAGACGUAUUGGGCAGUAGAAACCGCUCGGAAAAAGAACUCACCGACGCCGUGUCAGUGUUGGCUCAGAUCACCGCUCCUUGGAUCGAAGACAACCAUGUCGUCAACGGGCUUAGCGAAUACCUGGACACUAUUAUAUCAUCGCUGACAUACCUGGUGGAGACGACGCGGUCGUCGGAAACGCUGUUGCUGUCGUCCGCUGCGCUGGCCAACAUCACGUUCAUGGAACCGAACGCGAUAUGGACCAUAUUGAACAUGGGCACCGCCGGGUCGCUGAUUGAAGCGGUCCGGAAGAACGGCACCAAGUCGUCGGUGUUUUUGCAAGAGCAGACGGCCACGCUUUUGGCCAACAUGGCGGCGGUCCCCGAGGCCAGACCGCACAUGGCGGCCAACCACGCGGUCAUCGCUUUGCUGUGUUUCCUGCAAGUGCGGCACUCGCCGUUGCAACGCGUUCCCGAGAUAUUGGCCGCGGAACGGCUACAGCACAAGACAGCCAUCGCCUUGUCCAGACUGUGCAGCGAUGUAGAAGUGUCGAAACAAUUCGUGGAACUCGAAGGCGUUAACCGUUUGAUAAGGUUGUGCAAAGACGAACGAGAAAGAAAUCACAGUGACGGUGUUCUAGUGGCGUGCUUAGCUUCGCUGCGGAAAAUCGCCGCAAAUUGUGGCAAAGAAAUAAUGAACCAAUACGACGCCGCCGAACUGAUUGAACCGAGACUGUUGGACUCAUUCCUUUUGUAUUCAUCGAAACAAGAGAGUUACGUUUAGAUAUCUUAGCUCUCGUCAAAUAAAUCAAAUUUGCUCGUAUUACAUUAUAAUAUGCUAAGCGUAAAAUAAGUACCUACUUAAUUUAUAUACAUGUGCCUAUAUGUAAGGGCGUACUUAAGGGGGGUACAUGGGGGCCCAUUCGCCGUAUUUUAUACUUUUUUAUUACCGAGAGUAACCUUUUUUUACUAAUCAAUUGAUAUGUUUCUAUCAAACACACGCGUAUUUUGGUUAUUUGGUCAUAAACUAUGACAUUAUUUCGAGAUGAUGGAAAAUUCGAGUUAUAACUAUAUUAUACCCAUAGGUUAUGGUAUAAUUUUUAUUUUUUGUUUGAGACCACUCCCCCCCCCCCCAACAAAGACAUUUCUGAAUACGCCCCUGUAUGAUUAUAAUAUACCUCUGCCUAUAUACAAUAUCAGGAGCAGAUCCAGGGGGGCCCUAGUGGCCGCGGUUCCCCAAACUGUAUUUCUAAACAAAUUUAUACUGUUAAAAACAAAAUUACAAAAAAAUACCCCCCCCCCCCUAACCAUGUGUCUGGAGCCGCCCCUGACCCGCUAUGGGUAGGUAGGUUACAAUUACUGCUCUCGUGCUACCGAGUCUGAGUGCGUGAAUAAUAUAUAAAUUUGUUUAACGUAAUAGAAUACAAUUUUUUUUGAGUACGAUAUUAUAUGAAAUAUAGGUGCCUAUAUUACUCUAUCUAGUCCGAAACAUGACAAGUGCCAACGUAGAUGAUAAUAUUAAUAUUAUUGGAAGGUACUAGGUAUAUAUUAUAAUAUACCUAAUAGCAUAUAUUUUGUUCGAAUAGGUAGCUCUGUAACCGCAGUACAAUAUAAUUUAAUAGUAUUAUGUAUUUUUCUAUUACACGGUAUACCUACCUAUAGGUAUGUUAUUUUUAUACAAAGUGAACUUGAUUUUAGGUUAGAUAAUUGCAUCGCAUUUGAAAAUGACAAAUACGGCGUAAUUGUCAUUUUUUCUUUUUUUUUUUUUUAUACCUAUACAUAUUAAAUAUUUAUUUAUAUUAUAUUUUAUUAUAUUAUAUUUUAGGACAUAAUAUUAUAGGUAUAAGUACGCGUCUUAUCGUUUGUAUACAAAAUCCAAACGGAAUGCACCCCGCAAGUGUUAUUCUCACUUUAUUACCAUUGUUAAUGAUAUUACUUUUGUGUUCUAUAUAAUAGAUUUAUUAAAAAAUAUAUAUAAUAUAUACGAUGUAUUACAUGAUAAACAUAGUACCUAUGUAUAUGUUAUAUGAAUACACAAAUAUUUUAUAUAAUAUUAA